AUGCCCGUCCGCGUCAACAUCCCCCCUGCUACUCGCGCCGUGCUCAUCAGCCUGCUCGCCCUUUCCCUGCUCUACAACAUUGCCAGAUGGCGCCAACUUGACACCUCCGCCGGCAGCAUUCAAGUCACUCCGAUUGUGCCCUACCUCACUCUCGUUCCGUCCUUCUUCUACUACUACCCCUGGACUCUCCUCUCGUCCACCUUUGUUGAGCAAAACAUCUUCACCGUUCUCCUGAACGCGGCCACCAUCUUCUAUGGCGGCAAGUAUCUCGAGCGCGCGUGGGGGUCCCGUGAAUUCAGCAAAUUUGUCGCUGCGGUCGCCCUGAUUCCCAAUGUCGUCAUUAUCCCAAUCUAUCUGAUCUGGGGAGCUGUGACGGGAUCUUCCAGUCGAGCUCUGACCCAAAUAUGCGGCGGCGUAGCGAUCCAAGCCUCUUUCCUAGUCGCUUUUAAGCAACUGGUCCCUGAACACACCGUUGCCAUCUUCAAGGGUCUCGUGAAGAUGCGCGUGAAACACUUCCCCGCUCUGUUCUUGCUCCUCAACACGCUUAGUGGCAUUGUGAUUGGAACCGAUACCGCCGCUGUCUUGGCCUGGCUGGGGCUCCUGACCAGCUGGACAUACCUCCGCUUCUACAAGCAGCAGCCCGACCUUACCGGCACCUCGACCAAUGGCCUCGGCAUCAAGGGCGAUGCGAGCGAGACCUUUGCCUUCGCCUGCCUUUUCCCCGACGUGAUGCAACCCCCUAUCUCCUUUGUCGCCGAUCAGAUCUAUGCACUCCUAGUUACAGUCAGGAUUUUGAAGCCCUUCUCCGAGGACGACAUUGCAUCUGGGAACCAGCAAGUGAUGGCAAGAGGCGAGGCCGGAUUGCCCACUCUUCUUAGCCAACGCGGAGGAGGCGCAAGAGGCUCCGGCAAGCGGGAGGAAGCAGAGCGGAGACGUGCUCUGGCGCUGAAGGCUUUGGAUCAACGACUACAGGCAGCAGCUGCGGGCCGUGUCAAUGCCAGCCCAUCCACAUUAGCCGAACCCUCUACGUCUUCCCAUCAGCGGCCAACCACACCUACCCCGUCAGCUCCUACUGGGCACAGCAUGCUAGGAGAAACUAGCUAUAAUCCGGAGAACGCAUGA